AAUGGAUAAGAACUUUGAUUAGCAGACCAAAUUCCCAGAAAUCGGAUUUAUUUAUUUGAAUUGUUACCAAGUGUUAGAUGUUUAACUACAUCCAGUUUGGCUCUAUCAUCUAAGUGGCCUGUACUCCCUUUUCUAGCUUGAUUUUUUUUUUUUUUUAAAUCUAAUUGUUUGGGUUAUAACAAUUAUUUGAUUUUGCAUAACUAAUUAUGCAUAAUUAGGAUGUAAUUUUGUAGAAGUUCAAUUUUACUUUAAUUCACAUAGAGAAGCAAGUAUUUUUCAAAAGAGUCGCAUCGGCCAAUAUAUAACUGUUAAAGAAUUUGACGCCUUAUAACAAACCAUCAUAACGUUUAUGCCGUUUCUUCACGUUGGCUCGCACAGCCAGUCAUGUUGGCUCGGGCACGAACGACACAUCCGGAGGAUUUCAAUUUCAGUCAUUAUUUCUACCGAUCUAAUAUACUUUAAAAGACGCCGUAGAAAUGGAGGCGAUACACACCAAGGGUAUUUGGAUGGCAGAAUAUCUGCAGCAGCAGACAAAGAACUUAGAGCAGUUCUGGCUCACCAUCACUCACUUUGGAGAUCCCCAAGUAGGAUUUCUGUUCGUAUUCCCUUUAACUUAUUUUGUGUGUAAUCGAUUGGGAGUUGCGGUGCUGUGGGUCUCAGCGCUGUCGGAGUGGUUGAACCUGAUGCUUAAAUGGGUGCUGUUUGGAGAAAGGCCAUUCUGGUGGGUUGGUGAAUGUCAACUAUUUGUCAACACAAAGCCCAACAUCUCCCAGUUUCCAUGCACCUGUGAAACUGGCCCAGGCAGUCCAUCAGGACACUCGAUGGUGACUGCUGCAGUCUGGUGGGUUGUGGUGCCCCCUCUCAGCUCCUUUCUGCACUCCCACACUCACUGUUGGGUUAUAUCAGCUGCUCCCUAUCUGAUUUACGGGCUGCUGCUGGGUGCCGUUGGAAUAUCCAGGAUCUUUAUCCUUGCUCAUUUUCCUCACCAGGUUGUUACUGGUAUCAUUGCAGGUAUCUUUCUGGGGAUUUUUCUUGUCCGUAGAGUGCCAGAAGGGCGCCCCCUAUUGUUCUUUGUGAGCUUCAGUGCAGGAAUGCUGUUCAGUGCUCUGAUUCUGAAUGCUGGCCUGCAGCUGGUUGGCAUUGACCUCUUCUGGACUGUCGCUUUGGCAAAGAAAUGGUGCAGCCGUGCUGAUUGGAUCCGCUUGGACACAGUCCCAUUGUCCUCCCUGGCCCGGGACUGCGGGACCCUUCUUGGACUGGGGCUGGCCCAGUACUGGAAGCAAGGCGGACUGUCGUUCAAUCACCGCGCUCUUUCCCUGGCUGUGUCAUCCAUUGGGCUUUACCUCAUGUACAUCCUGCCGUUCCCUGACAAAUCACAAGGCCUCUUUUACUGCUUGGUCUUCGUCAAAUUCACCCUGGUGCCUCUGAUUGUCAUGGUGGUCAGUCCUGGGCUGGUUCACUUUUUCACACGCAAAAUGAAAAAGGAUUAGAGAGGCACUUCUUCACACAAGUCCAAGUUGUCUUGUCUUGAGUCUUUUACUCUUCUUACUUCUGAAUGUUUCAACUCUAAAUGUUAUAUUUCAGAUAUACAUCUCUAUUUAAUGGUGUUAAACAGGAACCAAAAAUUUAUGGUCAUUUCUUUUUAUAAGUGACGUGAUCAAGUCACUUAUUUUUAGUUUGUCAAAAUAUUUGUAUCUUUGACAAUGCACUUUAGCAAUUUUCUGGAGCUAAUUGUGGGACCUUUUUGUUCAUCUGUUUCUGGAACAAAAACAGAAAUAUUUCCAAAAGUAGCAUUGUCUCUUCUGCAGUGAACAGCAACGGGAGGAGGAACUAAUGUAUGUACUCUGGCAUCUCAUUAAAAGUAGUUCAAUUUGUAGGAAAUGUUUCAUGGAUAGUUUGAGGUUUCAAGACCAUUACGUUUGAAAACCUCAGUAUCCUUUAAUGCAGCUUACGCUGGCCCGUGCAUAUAAGGCGACUUAAGGUUGUGUCAAAUUGUUUAAAGUUAACAGCACUUUCACACAUACCAGAUGUGUCAAACGUUAGAUUUCAAUCACUUAUUUUUUUUUUACAGGCCCAGGUGUAAAGAUAUUGGUGGCCCAGGUGGUCGAGAUAUUGAGUCUAUGCUAUUUUAAACUGUAGUUUUUUAGAGUCAUUUACUUUUGCAGCAAAAGGGAAAAAAAAUAUACAAAAACAAAACUAUUUUACUGUGCAGUUGGACACCUGUUUUUUUAUGCUUCCUUUCUGGACUAUUUAGUUAAAUCCUUUGAAGAGCCAACUAAAAAACAUUCCUUGCCUGUCAAAUUUCUACAUAUUCAUAAAGUAGCUAAUUAAUCCAGAUCCACAAAGUCUUAACACUUAAAUCUUUCUUGAUAGGAAAAUUUAUUUUUGAAUUGAGGAAACAUGUCAAUGUUAUUCAAAUUUAUUGAGAUGUACUAAUAUUUUUGUUUCUACAAAUUAAAAAUUCUAUUUUAAGAGCCCUAAGAGGAUUGAGUCCAGAUUUUUUUUUUGCUAGGGUAUGGAAA